AUGUCUGCCCCUGAAAGAAAAAGUUCCCGCCUCCGCAAGGAGAAGGAGACCGAAAUGACACGAACAACUCUCGUUUUCGAAAACGGAGAUGAUACCGACAAUGAAGGAAACUCCAUGGAGCUCACCACCCUCCAGGAGCUGCAGGACUGGGUGAAGCAAGACCCCGAAGCUGCAUGGAACGUCAUGACGAAGCAACAGAAGAUCCUGACGAAGCAACAGGAGGAAAUUAAGGAACUGAAGAAUGCAGUCAGCAACUCGAACGACAAGGUCAAAGAAUUGAAUGACCAGAUCCAGAUUCUCCAGCAACGAGCCACUAGUCACACCCCCGCGGGUCCUGACCAGUUGCUUGAAGAAGAGUAUGCACGACUGCGUGAGGAGAUGCAAACGGUGCAGAACGAACGGGACAGCUUGGUGGUGGCAAUGAAACUGUUGAGCAGCAAUCCGGUCUCCCCUGCUUCGGAGCUCGCCGAAUUGAAGCCCCGAAAAUCUGUCAAGAUGCCGGACCCGCCGAUGCUAAAGGACGGAAAGGAGGUUAAGUUCAUGGCUUGGCGCUCCGAUAUCAAGAAAAAGCUGCGUUUUAACGCCGAUCAUUACCCGACUCCGGAUCAUCAGAUGGCGUACCUGAAAAGCCGCUGCGAAGGGAAGGCCCUUUCACACAUCGAUCCCCGUAUGCAAGACGAUUCGAUGAAUCAGUACAAGACAGUGGACGAGAUACUGGAUCACCUCGAGAGUGUGUUCCAUAACCCCGACCGGAAGCAUCUUGCCCGAAACGAGUACCUUGCUCUGAAGAUGGAGCCAAAGCAGGACUUCACCGACUUCUUGGCUGAGUUUACCCGUCUGGCUGAGGAAGCAAACCAGCCGACCGGCUAUAUGUUACGCGUAGCCGACUGGUCACUGUGA